UCUCGAUCGGUUUAUCGUCUGCCCUCGCGUGAAACAGUUCAUGUGUCGUAUGAAAAUAUUUGUGCACGGGCUCCUGGGUAGUAUGUGUUUACAUACGAGUCACAUAGCCGCGCGACAGGCGAAAACCCCGUAAAGUUGAUCGCCACAUACAACUACAUACAGUUGCACAAUACAUACUCCAGAUAAGAGCGCAAAUUGACGGCUUACGUGGAAUGUCUGCUGCUAGUACUACGAGUAGUACGAUCCCAGACAUCGGCGCUAAAACUGACGUGUUGGCCCCUCAGCCACUCUUCCGUCGCCAGCAUAUUUUUAUGUUUACAAACGGGCACAGUUAGCGAUGUGGGGUAGUUCAGAAGAACCACCUGGUACAAUGGAGGCAGGCCCUCCUCAAGCUUCGGGCAGCAAAAAUACAAUAGAACUAAACUCAGAUCAAUUAUCAGUGGAAGAUAUAGUCUUACAAAAUAAACAAAGCAUAAGAAGAAAAGAGCAAGAAUUAGAGGAGUAUGCUAAUAAAUUAUCUAGAAUUAAAACUAGAACUAAACGUUCUCUUCAUAGAGAAGAUGUGGCUUCCAGUGAUAGUACUCCUAAAUCAAAGUCUGACACAAGUAGUAUUCUUGAAACGUAUGCAGAUGAUGUUGAUGAUAUCAGUCAAGCUAGAACUCCUAAAGCUAAGUCUUCAUUACUUCAAAAAAAAUUGGCUGAAGAUAGGAAAAUAUUUGAGCAACGAAGUAAAGAAAUUAGUGAAAGUAAAAGAGUUGCUGAAGAAAAGGUAAAAGCAAUCAGUCAACAAUUGGAAGACUAUACGCCACCUGUUGUUACCCCAGUUCUAGUCACUUCUCAGGCUGCUCAUCCUUUAUUAGAAAUAAGCGUUGUGCAAGAUAAAGAUAAUAAAAUAUUUGAAUUAAAUAAUAAAAUAACAGAAUUAGAAGCUUAUAUUAUUGAUCUUCAAGAAAACUUAAAAGAAAAAGAUUCUGUUAUUGAAUCUAAAACUAAAGCUGUUACAUUAAUUUCGGCUGAUUUAUCUGAAAAAGGUAAAACAACAUUGGAUACUUUAGAAGAUACAAAGGAUGAAAUGAGAUCUAUGCAAGAAAAUUUUGUUCUUAUUGAAAGUUCUUUGCGAGAUAAAAAUGAAAAUUUAUUAAAACAACUAGAAGACAAAAGUUAUCAAAUAUCACAAUUAGAAGAAGCUUUAACAAGGCUGAAUGAUGAAAUAGAAACUCAGAAAAAAAAUGAAAUAAUUAAUGCAGAUUUAUCUCGGUCAACUAUAAAUACUUUAUCCGAUACAAAGGAUGAGAUGAAAUUAAUGCAGGAAAAUUUUGUCCUAAUUGAAGAAUCUUUAAAAACAAAAAAUGAUCAUUUACUACAACAACUUGAAGAUCGUGAAAUCAAAUUAGCCGAAGCAGCAACUAAAAUAUUAAACCUUGAAAGUGGCUUAGGAAUUGAGAAACAACCUGAACUUGAACAACUGUCUAUUAGACUUGAAAAAUUGGAAGCUAUCAAUAAAAAGUUGGAAGAUGAAAAAUAUGAACUUCAGAAGAAUAUUGCUGAAUUACAAAAUAAUAUAGUUUCUGGCUCGCCAAAUGAUGAUAUACUUCAAGAAAAAGACAAUAAAAUCAUAGAACUUGAAAAUCUUAUUGAAGAGCAUAAAAAAUCGCACCAACAAAUUCAAGAAGAUUUACGUAUUGAACUUCAAAAACAGAUUGAAGAUUUGAAAAAUAGAAAUGAUGAAUUGUUAAACCAAUUAACAAAAAUGGAUGAAAAAGUACAAAAUUUGGUGACUGAAAAUGCUGAAGUAACUGCUAGUUUAACAGAAGUCACUAAAGAUGAAGAAACUAUCGAAAAUCUUAAAAAAGAAUUGGAUGAAUUGAAUAAAAGUAUGAUAAAAUUGAAAGCCCAGCAUAAAACUAAGUUGAAAAAUUUACAGAAACAAUUGGAUAAUUUCAAAAAGGUGUCAGAUACAAAUGCUGAACUGGUAAAACUUGGAAACCAAGUCGCAAUACUGGAGGAGGAGAAAGGUAACCUUCAGCUGAGUCUGGUAGACUUUGACGAGCUUAAAGCAUCAGCGGCAGAAUGGAAGGACCGUAUCCAGGCGCUUGAAGGUAAGAACAGCAGCCAAGCGAAGGAGAUUGAAGCCCACAUCGAAGCCAUUGCCAUAUUGGAAAAUCAGAAAUUAGAUCUUAUACAAGAACUUUACGACGUGAAGCAAGAAAUAUCAGAGCUCGAAGCUGAAAACGCUGAAUCGGAGAACUUGCGCGUUACUGCUGAAAUGAAAGUCGUCGAUCUCGAGGAACAACUUGACAAGCUGCAAUCCAGUUUAACAUCGGACGCAGCUCUCAACUCAGAAAUGCAGCGUCUAACUCAAGAAAAUGAACGUUUACAACAAAAACUUAGCGAAGCUACGGCCACGAAAUCUUCGUCCGAAGUAGGCUCGACAGAAUCUUUUGUUAAAACAGGCUCUAACGUUGAUUCGACGGAAUCAUUCGAGGCGCUAUCAGCCGAUGCCGAACGUGCCGAUCUAUUGAAAAAAAUCGACAGUUUGACGAGAGAAAACGGUGCACUUCUGGAAAGAUUAAUAAGAUACGAAGAGAAGCCAACGUCUGAUAGUGGUUCAACUGAGUCCUUUGAAAAGUUACCUGAAAACGCGUCAGAAAAUCUCAGCCGUGAAAAUCAAGAAUCGGCUGGUAAAUUGGUUCAGUUAGAGGAAAAAAUUCAACACUUAUCCGAAGAAAAUGAAAGGUUACUUACCCAGAUUCAAAUUAUGGAGAGCGAUAUUGUGUGCAAAGAAAAACGUUCUCUUGAUGAAGAAUCGACCUCCACGGUCGAACCUUCUAUCGAUGCAACAAAUGAUGUAAAUGAUGAGUUACUAUCCAAAAUCGAUACCCUUACUUCGACAAAUGAAAAAAUGAAAACUUCUCUGCUGGAACUUGAAAAAGAAAAGAAAGAACUCCUUGCUCAAAUAGAGCAUUUAAGGACCGAACAACAAGAAAUUAGUGCAAAUGAAGUAUCAAAUGACAAUUCAGAGUCAAAAAUAAUAUCACUCGAAUCCGAGAUCCAACAAUGUCGUAAUAUUAUCGCUGAAAAAGAAAAACUUGUCAAUGAAAUAAAAUUGUCACUCGACGAUAAAGAUAUUGAAUUAAACAAUUGGCACGAGCAGUCGUCAUUUUACGAAAUGGAAUCAGCAAAAGCAUUGGAACAAUUGAACGCAAAAAUAGUCGAAUACGAUAAUUUGUUGGUAGAACAUGAAUCGGUGAAAGCAGCAAGCGAACCAUUAAUAGCCCAACUUAAUGAGCAAAGAAAUGAAAUCCAAAAUCUUCGAAAUCAAAUCGACGAUUUGUUGUCUCAAAUCAGUGCUAAAAGUAUGCACGAAAAAGAGCUUUUGGACGAGUAUGAGAUAAAAUUACAAACAUUGACUGGUGAUUAUGAAACGAAAAUUCAAGGGUUGAUAAAACAACACGAAGAAAGAGAAUCUAUAUUAUUAGAUGAGCGAGACAAUGAGAUAAGAACAAUAAAAGAAACGUGUAAUGUUGUUGAGCUUCAAGAUAAAAUAGUAAAAUUGGAGGAACAAUUGCAACAAAAAAGUAUUACCAUUGCUUCGUUAUCUGAAGAGAUCGAGAAACUUAUGAAUAAUUCUAGCGUAAUUGAAGAAGAUCUAUUUACAGCAAGACACCAACUGCAAAAUCUUAAUAAUAAACUCGAACAGUCUAAGAGUAUAGACGAAUACAAUGAGAUUUUAAGUACUGUAAAUGAUCGAGAGCUCACAAUAUUAGAAUUAACUGAUAAACUGAAUCGGAAACAAGAUAAUAUAGAUGCUCUGACAAGUCAAAUUGAAUCCGUGACUUUAGAAAAUAAAGAAUUACGUGAAAAAUUAUCGGUUGAAGAAAGCAAAUUUGACGACAUUCAUGAACAUUAUCAAAUUCAAAUUGAAGAAAUUAACGAUUUGAAGCGAAACAAAGCAGACGUUGAGAAUAUGUUACUGAACUUGCAAUUGACACACGAAGAGGCCUUGCAACACGCUAAAAAUUUGAGUGCCGAAUUACAAGAAGCUUAUAAAUCAUUGGAACUGUUGAAGAACAAGCACACCGAAGACAUGGGUAUGUUAAAUCGUAGAUUAGAAGAUGUUAUUGAGGAUCUUCAGGUUAAAACUCAAGAAUUAGAGACUGCGCAAAUCGAGCUAAAUGAAAAAAAUACGCAGUUGGAGAAAUGUGUGCCAGAUGAUGUUAAGUCCCACCUUGAAGGACAAUUGACUCAAUUACAAAAGGCUUUAGCUGAAGGAGAAGAAAAGGCUCAAGCUCAACUGGAAAAAAUGAAAAAGUACGCCGCUCUGGCUAAGAAAAAGAAUCUACUUUGUGAAGAAUUGGAAAAUAAAAUGAAGGAAAUCGUUGAGAAACACAAUGUAGAAUUAGCCGAAAGUCAAGCCCAAAAUCGAAAGCUAGAAAAUAUCGUUCAAGAAAGAGACAACAGAAUCACAGAAUUAGAAAUGGAAUUGAAAAAUGCUGUUAAUGAGAGAGACCAAGUAUUGGAAGAGUUAGACAUUUUAAAAAGCAAUUUGUCCGAAGCCCAUGAAAACAUCGACGAGCUGAAGAAAGAAAUCGCGGAACUCAAUACUGCCAAAGAGAGUGCUCGAGAAUUGGGAGUUCGUAUGAGUGUCAUGGAAACAGAGUACGUCGAGCAGCGCACGCUCAUCAAUACACUCAAGACGGAGAAUGGAAUGUUGCUCUCGAAGCAAGCUCAGAUAAGCGAGAGAUUGGAAAAUGUUGAAAAAGAAUCAGAAGAGCGACGGCAAUUAUUAGAAAAAUUGGAAAAAGAAAAAGAAAUAGCCGAGAGCGAGCCUAAGCCAGCUGAAUCAUGUAGCAGGUGCGCUAAUUUGGAAGCCAAACUCCAAGAGAGAGAAGCCGAAAUUGAAAAUCUCGACAAUGAAUUGCACAACUCCAUCGACAAUCUUGUACAAAUGCAAGAAAGUCUGAGAAUGAACACCGUGACUGAUGCCUCUUAUAAUGAACUAAUGCAAAGGUAUACUGCCCUGAUGUCAUCGAACGAAGAAACAAUCGCCAAACUGGAGACGACAUUGCGGGAUAACGAGGAAUUGACUGAUCGAAUCAACAGUUUGCAAUCGGCUGAGGCUGCUCUGCGCGAAACCAUACAGACAUUGGAAUCCGAGUUAGCCGCUCGGCGUAGCGAAGCCGUUGUGGCAGUUGCAUCCGACGCGCUUGUCACAAGUUCAGUGACCGAGCCAGAAAUAAAGCCGUUCGACGCGUCUAUCUUCGGCUCGUCAUCGGUCUCGGCUCAAACGAACAACGAAUUGGAGUUUGAGAUUCAACGAUUGACCAAUGAGUUGAGCUUUAGACUGGAAGAGCAGAGAGUCGCCUUUGCCGCAGUCGAAGACAGCUUGAGAACUGAACUUGUACAAUCUAAAGCGACGAUAGAGCAGUUGUCGAGCAACUUGCACGAUGUCGAUGCUCGUUUGAGAUCAGCUAACGAGGAAUUGGAUACUCUGAGGUUGCAAAGUGAAAAACUGGCCUCUUACGAUGCGGAGAACAACAAGCUGUCGAGCCAACUGGAAGAAUUGCUAAAAGAAAAAUCAGAAUUGGAAAUCGAGUUAGCCUCGUUGGGUGCCUCCGAUUCAUCCUGGUCUUUGUUGAAGAAAUUACAAAAGACUUUGGAAAAUUACAACGUGAAAAUCGGUGAAACCACAUCCGAGUUGGAAGUCGUGAAGAUGGAAAAUCAACAACUAAUCGAAACACAACAAGUCCACAUUCGUCGCGUUAUUGAAUUGGAAAAUGAACUCAAAACGUCAGGGGACAACGCAAUUAUAAGCGAAUUGGAAAGUCGAGUUUCAAAGUUGUCACAGGAGCGUGACCUAUUACAGCUGCAGUUUAACGACGCUAAGCGAGAAUACGAAGAUCUGAAGGAGAGUACCGCAGGCUUAUCAAAGCUGCAGCUUCAACUCGACAUGGUUGUACAAGAGCGAAACCAGCUCGUCGAAGAAAUCAAGAGCUUGCGCGCUUCCGCGGCUAGUCAAGAAACAGCUGCUCAGCAGCAAGUACCACAGCAGGAGUCUAUCGAGUCGUUGCUAAGCGGCUCGGGCUGGGACGACGACGUCACUCCUUCGUCCAUCGAGACUUCCGGAAGUUCCGAGGCCCAGCUGAAAACGCGCGUUGAUCAGUUGGAGGAAAAGCUGAAAGAUCUGAGCUACGAAAAUACCAAAUUAGUUGAAGAAUCCAAAGUGGCACAAGUGAAAAUCGUUAGGUACGUGAAAAAGCUCAAGGAGUACAAGGUGCAGCUCGACAGUUUACAAAACGAGCUCAAAACUUCGCAGACAAUGGGCGCUUUCGACGAUUUGAAUGCGGCCAUCGAGGAGGAAUUGAAGACACAAGUAGCGGCUCUGGAGAAAGCUCUGAGCGAGGCCAAAGAGGAUUUGAAAAAAGCUGCCGCGGAAAAAGAACAUCUGACCAACAGAAUCGAUGUGCUUACCGCUGCCUCGGAAACUCUUGCCGAAACCAAAACGAAGCAAGAACAUGAGCUGCACGUUUGGCAAAUGAGGUACAAAGAAAUAGAAAUGAAAUUGCAGUCUACCGAAAGCGGUACGGCGAUGUCUCAAGUAGCUGUAGAAAGCAAGCCAGAAAACAAAAUUGAUCAUGAAUCGAGCGAGUUUGAAGCCUUGGCCAAACAAAACGAAGAACUGGAACAGAUACUGGAAGAUUAUCGUGUCAAAAUGAUGAGCAGUGAAAAAGCCGCAAUGCAUGCCAAGGAGCUCGAGUCCUCGUACAGCAGUUUGCAAGCUAGUUACGACAAACUCAAGACUGAUUAUGAUGCCUUACGUCGUCAAUUUGAGCAGAGCUUAAUGGAUGCCAAUGAUCAGGUGCAGAACGAGCGUCAAAAAUGUGAACUGUUGCAAAUUACCUUGGAAGAAAAAACAAUGGAGGCCGAAAACUUAUCUUUGAAACUGAGUGCUGCGAUCGACGAAAAAACCAAUGCAGUCGACGAUAUGAGCAAACAGCUGAGCGUUAAAACUGAACAACUGGCAGAAUUGGAGAAGGAUAAAGCAGCUUUAGAGGCUUGUACGCAAAAUUUAGAGCAACAAUUGACGGAAAAGCAACUGCUUGUCGAUCAAUUGCAGGGACUAGAGUCUUCGAUCGACGGAUAUAUCACUGGAUUGCAAGAAGGACACGCCGAAAUUCAAGCACUCCAAGAUAAGCUAAGAACCACAGAAGCUGAACAAGCUAAAGUCAUUCAAGAUCUGAGCGAAGAGGUGCAAGAUUUGCGCCAUCGUUUAAGUGAAGCGACAAAGCAGAACGAUGAAAUGAAAGAACUGACUCAAGUUCAAUUAAACCAAUGCGAAGGAAAUUCUGAAACGAUACGAGUGGAUUUAACUAAGGAAUUGGAUCAUAUUCAAGAUCUUUUGAAUCAAAAAAAUGUGGAAUUUAAUGAGUUGUCACUCGAACGUGAAACUUUGAAGACCAAUAUUGAAACAUUGACAAGGGAACUCAGUGUGCGCGAAAACGAGCUCCUUACCUUACAAACUGAGAAUGAAAGUUUGAGAGUUCAAAUUCAAGCAAUGAACUCAGAGAUGGCCGAUGUCAGAGAAAAAUAUGAAACUGAACUCGAUGAAUAUGAGAUGAAAACGCAACUUUCAUUAAUGAAUAAGCUUGAAGAGUACGAAAAAGUACAAGAACCAGAGCUCGAAAGCGCAAAACCAAAAGUCGAAGAGGAAAUUCCCAUUUUCACAUUUGCAAUCGCUGAUAACAAAGACGAAGAGUUGAAAAAAUUAAAAGCGGAAUUGAAGGCCAAGGAUGAGACCAUUGAACAUUUGCAAUAUUCAGUUAACGAGAGUACGACUACUAAGAUGAUACAAGCUUUACAGGACAACGUAAACGCUCUUCAUAAUGAAAAGGCAGCUUUGGAGGAACGGCUGAUCAUGCAAAAUCAAAAAAUGCACGAACUUACGACACAGCUCGAAGACGCGCAUCAACGGUUGCAAGCUAACUUAACUGAGGUUGACUCCACAAUUAAACUUCAGCAAGAGUUGCACUCUCGCAGAGAAGAAAUGCAACGAUUGAGCCAGUUGCUAGUUGAGAAAGAAAAUCAGCUGCGAGCAGUUCUUGAAACCCAGGUGAUUAAUAGCGACGUUAUGCAGGAUAACGAGAACAGAUUGAGGGAAGAGCUGUUCGAAAAACAGCGACAACUCGAAUCAUUUGAAAAAGCCGUCAACGAAUUAACGAGCGAAGUGAAGAGGCUCAGAGAAAUGGAAGCAUUUUCAGCUAAUAUGGAAACGGUAAUAGAAGACUUGAAGAAGCGUGAGCAGGAAAGAAGCAAAUCCGAAGAUGCUCUAAAAGACGAAUUGAGGUCAAAAGAAGAAGAAAUAAAAGCUUUUCAGACAUAUUUCAAAGAAUCUCUGAAUGUGCGAGAUGAAGAAGUAGCCAGUCUUAAACGUAAAAUUGAACAAAUAAGUUCGGAUCGUGAAAUUCAGCUGACUGAAAAAUCACAGGAAGUGGAGAUUUUAAGGGCCGAAAUUACUAAACUGAUCGAAGAAUUAAACAACUUGGGUGCCAAUAAAGAAAGCGAGCUGCAGAGUUUACACAUGCAAUUGUCAGAAAAGGAAUCCAACCUUGAGCAACUGACAGCAAUGGCUGCAGAGGAAAAGAAGCAAUUGGAAGAAUUGACAAAACUUUUGGAAAUGAAGGAGCAACAGAUUCAAGGAUUAAGUCAACAGCUAGUCGAGAAAGCUAAGGAGCACGAACUGACGCAGCAUGCUCUGCAAAGACACGUUGGUAGCACCGACGUACAAGCUCAACCACCCUUCCAGCCGGUACAUGACUCUCUCACUGAAUUUUAUCAAAAAACCAAGGCGACGUCAGCUGAUUCACCGUCGACUGCCAACGAGCUUGACGUAGCUCUUUAUAUGUUACAUCAACGCGACAUGCGUUGCGAAGAAUUGACUCAAGAGUUGAUGCAAUUGUUGGAAGAACGGGAUACGUUGCAGCUGCGACUUUCCGAUGCUCUACGCGUCAGUGAGCAGUUGCGAAGCCAUUUGCCACCAACAUCUAAAGCUAUGCCAACGAUUAGCUCGAACCCAAAUCAGGAUUCGGCCACUCAACAGUCGUCCGAAAAUCCUAUGCCUUCCGUUUCUGAGGAAGGUAAAGUCGAGCCGGUCAAGGAGCAACCGAUCUCUCAUGCACAGGAGGCUCUUACUCAGAAACUGUCAGAAUUAAAAACUGUGCGUCACAACCGCGACAAAACACUGAAGGAUGACCAAGAGUUUAGACACGCACAACAAAUGUCACUGCUAUCCCAUCACGAGGAUCUUCUAAAAACACUGCCACCUGAAGCUGCCGCUAGAAUUGUUAAUGCCAACCAUACCUUAUCGCGGGACGUUCAGAGUCAAUCGAGCGUUCUGAUGAACUGGUUGUGGGGAAAAAGCACACCGAAGGUAGUGCACAUGUGAUAAUCGACCAAGCACCAGUAGAAGAAAUAAAUAAUGACAAAAAUAAACGCCAGUAGCAUUGAUAAAUUGACCUUUCGGUCGAGCUGUUCUAUGAAUCAACAUUUCAUACGGAAUUGUGAAGUCCAAGGCCGGAAGAUCAUCUGCUGCCAAGAGCAUCGCGCGAGGGUGACGAUCGAUUUUUCAUGUUAUACGCGAGUAUGAGUGUGAGAGAAACGACACAACUUCGUCUGUGAACCCUUAUAGUAUCGGUGAAAGAAAACUUCUUGUAAGGUUUCUUAUUCGAGCUUGUUUUAUAUAAAUAAAGGUGUUUCACAUCAAAAAGUAGACAAAAUGAAAAUAAAAUUUUGACUGACAUGAAUUAUAAAUUAUUUUUGUUGGUGUGCGCGAGUAGUAGGGAAGGUUCAACACAGACGAACUAAAUAUUAAUAUAUUUUUAGUGUCAGUCCUAUAAAAUCAUUGAUGGUUUAUUCGUACUAUUAUCAUUAUUGUAUUUAUUAUAGUUGAAUUGUAUUUGUUAUAAUUAGGUAUCAAUGUACAACGUUAUAUGCUCUUAUAAUUUUAAGUAUUGAUCUUACGGUAAUUUGUUGUCGUGUAUCCGAUAUAUGAAAAUCGUGAUAUGUAAAAAUACUUAAGUUGUGAUUAUGAAAGACAUCAAUCAUGUGACGGGAUCGCCACCUCGAGUCGACACGUAAUAUCGACAUUGUUAAUAAUUUUCAAAUUUUUUGUACGAGUUUGUUUCGUGAAUAUAUUGAAGGAAAUUCAAAACUGUAAUACCUUCCUAGUAUGACGUGUUCGCUCGAGGAACGCAAUAAAAAUGUUAUGUUGUGUACAUUUGCUAGUAUCAACAAUCAUACUUUAUUAUGGCUAUUUUUAUUAAUUUCUAUGAAAUCAUAAAGCGAUUGUAAUAAUAGUCCUACUAAAUAUUGAUGAAAUUAGUGAAGAGACUGUGUUGUAUGUAAUGAUGAAUCUGAUGUUGCGAUAAUGUAAUUAUGAUAAAUUCGCCUUUUGUACAGAUGAUUAAAAAACAUAAACGAAAAAUAAUAAUGAAAGUUGAUAAGAAAAUAAAGAGCCUGGUCAGGUAUUUAUUAUA